AUGGAGGACGGCGGCCUGUGUAAGCUCUUUGCCGACGACUGUGAGUCCUGGCAAGCAGCGUCCGUAGACGCGGACGACCUGGUCGGCAUUCUCGAGACGUGGGAGGAGUGCAUAAACGGCCUCGGCGGCGGCCGAGAUAGCGUUGUGCCCGGCGCUGCUGCGGCGUUUAGCCGCCCGAGCAGUGUCGCCGUCGUCGGUCCUGCCGGUGCAGUGGCUAGCGCCAUGUGUGCGAGGCCGACGCUGGGCGCCAGGCGCCGUGAAGCCGAUGACGAGAAAUCUAAAGGAGCUCCGGUGAGGAAGAAGACCAAAGGAUCGACGUCGGCUGCGAUGGUGGCUACAGCGGUAGAUGACACCGUGGACGAGGGAGCGGCGAAGAUGUGCCACAUCACGGUGGAGCGCAACCGGAGGAAGCAGAUGAACGAGAACCUCGCCGUGCUACGCACUCUCAUGCCUUGCUUCUAUGUCAAGAGGGGAGACCAAGCAUCCGUGAUUGGAGGGGUGGUGGACUACAUCAAGGAGCUGCAGCAAGUGCUUCACUCGCUGGAGGCGAAGAAGCACCGCAAAGUUUACGCCGAGCAGGUGCUCAGCCCGCGUCCAGCAACGUCAAGGGCGCCGAGCCCACGGCCACCACCUCUCACUCUCAGCCCGCGCCCGUUCAUAAUCAAGUCCAUGCAACGGCCGCUCAGCCCGAGGCUCGCCGUGCCGAUAAGCCCCGGCACGCCGACCCCGGGCUGCCCGUACAAGCCCUACCUGCCGCACUUCAAUGCCUACAUCUCGCCGGCCAUGACGCCCACGACGUCCUCCUCUUCGUCCUCGCACGCAUAUGAUAUCGUGCCGGUGCCGCGGCCUUACCUUCCAACCCUAGACAGCAUCGUCACCGAGCUCGCCGCGGCCAGGCCCACGGGGAUCCUCCUCCCUGACGUGAAGGUGGAGUUCGCCGGGCCGAACCUGGUGCUCAAGACCAUGUCGCGCCGUGCGCCGGGGCAGGUGCUCAAGAUCAUCGCCGUGCUCGAGAGGCUGUCUCUCGAGAUCAUCCACGUCAGUAUCAGCGCCGUCCACGACGCUACGCUGCACUCCUUCACUAUCAAGAUUGGAAUCGAGUGCGAGAUUAGCGCCGAGGAGCUGGUGCAUGAAAUCCGGCAGACCUUCUUGUGA